AUCACUGAUUCAUAGAAAUAAUUUCCAACUUGCAUUUUGUGGGGUCUAAAACCAGCUGGGACAAGAAGACAGCCACAGAAGACCACGGAGUUACAUCAGGGACAGCCCUUAACCUCAAGACUGUUUUUGUAAACACCCUCUCCUCACCAGGGUAACUCACUCCCAGAGGACUCUCAUACAAGUGGGGAUUUUUCCUUCUUUCACCCUGCUUCUCACCUCAGCACUUCACAUGAGCAAUGUGAGUCUUUGAGGUAUGCUGCUGUCUCAUCUGUGAGGGGAUCAGAGCUUCCCUCAAAUGUGAUGGAUCCCCAGAAAGGGAAACCCAAGGAAAACAAAACAGAGCAUCUAAUUGCUGACAGACAGGAAGGAAUUGGUGUCUGUGGGUGGAUCCUGCUUUCCUUUUCAUUCCUCCUGGUGCUAAUUACCUUUCCUAUUUCCAUCUGGGCAUGUGUGAAGGUUAUCAGAGAAUAUGAACGUGCUGUUGUAUUUCGUCUGGGACGUAUACUGUCUAAGAAAGCAAAGGGACCAGGUAUAAUCCUCAUACUUCCAUGUACAGAUACAUUCGUCAAGGUUGAUCUUAGAACAGUUGCCUGUAACAUUCCUCCGCAAGAGAUUCUCACAAAAGAUGCUGUUACUACCCAAGUCGAUGGGGUGCUAUACUACAGGAUCCACAGUGCUGUCAGAGCUGUUGCUAAUGUCACUGAUGUCCAUUCAGCUACCUUCCUCUUGGCACAGGCAACCCUGAGAAACGUUCUGGCUAUGCAGACCUUGGCUCAGCUCCUGGGAGGCCGUGAGGAAAUUGCACGCAGUACCCAGGCUAUCCUCAACAGAGCUACAGAGCAGUGGGGAAUCAAAGUGGCCUGUGUGGAGAUCAAAGAUGUCAGGAUUCCUGUGGCCAUGCAGAGGGCCAUGGCGGCCGAAGCAGAGGCUGCUCGAGAGACAAGAGCUAAGAUUGUGGCAGCAGCAGGAGAAAUGAAUGCUUCUAAAGCUCUCAAGCAGGCCUCCAUGGUGCUGGCUGAGUCUCCGGCAGGUCUCCAGCUGCGCUACCUGCAAACAUUAACAACCUUGACAGCAAAAAAUAAUUCCACCAUUGUUUUCCCUCUCCCUAUAAAUAUGCUUGUGAGUUUGGGGCAGAAAAGUAAAGGGGGUUAGAGACUGUUCUAUGCUAGCUUCUUGAACAGAGAGAUUUAAAUGGUUUCCCAGGACUCCAAGGGUUCCAGACUUACAGUAGAAGCAUGCUUCUAUCCUCUGUAUCAAAAAUAAGAGUUAAAAUAGUUAAAUAAUCACACAUAGCUCCAACAUUUUAUGACUGCAUUUGCAAAGCUCAGGUGCUAACCAGUUUCAGCGGAGUCAUCUCUAAGUGAAAUGGAAGAAAACAUGUGAAAUAUAAAAUAUGUAAAAUGCAUGUUAGACCUAGUAUGAAAUUUUAAUGAUGCUUUCACCACAUUUUACAGAGUCUGGAGUAUAGAAAUUAUUUGGUAGUUUGUCUGCUAAGUAAGAACCUCUGAGCUUUUGAUGUACUCCACACAAAGGAGGUCAGACAGUGGUAUUUAACUCAUAUUCUGUGGAGUGAAAAGAAAGAUUUAGGCCCCUAACCUUAGAGGUGUUCUUUCAUAACUACUGGAAGAAUUCCUGGAUAAAUGGUAUGUCAGUGGAAUAGCCUGUUUGUCUCAUAUGAGUAGAAAUUAACACUUGCUUUAC